CCCAAAUUGGCAUCCUCCUGGUGCCGUCGUUCGAGAGCGAUCAGGCUCGCGGUUCAGUUCCAAGCUUGCCUUCUUCCAGCAUGGACUGAGAACGGGAACUGUGGAGCGCAAAACAACAACCCUGAACCGAACCGUGUGCUGCGGGAGUUGAAAGCAAAGGAAAAAAAAAUACGAAAAAGGAAGAAAAGCCCCAUACAUACGCCGAGUGGAAGGAAAAAUCAAUUCCGCCACGGCACGGGUGAUUUUCUAAGCUGGCCUCAACGGCUUGUGACCCACCCCACCGGCGGUACACGUGGAUCGUCCUGUGAGCGCGCACGUGUGUGUGUGGGCGCCCGUGUUGAUGUAUGUGUGCGUGCGUGCGUGCGUGUGUUGAUGUGGCUUUGUGAUUAGACCAGCAGGAUAAAAUUGGCCACCUCUAAACGGGCAAAAAUUGGCAUCGGAAAAACGUUGCUUCGUUGGUGAAAAUCGUCGUAUCGAUUGGUGAAUUUUCACUCCCAUUUACCCUCUAAACCCGUAACAAAGGCCUAGGGCCUCUCGCCGUCAUGUCGUCCGUGAAGGUGGCGGUCCGAGUGCGACCCUUCAACUCCCGGGAAAUCGCCCGGGAGUCAAAAUGUAUCAUCGAAAUGGCCGGCAACACGACAUGCAUCACAAAUCCGAAAGUUCCGCCCGGCUCGAGCGAGUCGGUGAAACGAUUCAACUACGACUAUUCCUACUGGUCACAUGAUCCGCGCGAUCUGGAAUUCUCCACACAGGCAAUGGUAUACUCCGACAUAGGCGAGGAAAUGUUGCAGCAUUCGUUCGACGGCUACAACGUUUGCAUCUUCGCGUACGGCCAAACCGGUGCUGGAAAAUCGUACACCAUGAUGGGCAAGCAGGAGGAAAACCAGGAGGGUGUGAUACCGAUGAUUUGCAAGGAUUUGUUCCGCCGGAUACAGGAAACGGAAAGCGACGAUCUGAAGUACUCCGUCGAGGUGUCUUACAUGGAAAUCUACUGCGAACGCGUCCGGGAUUUGUUGAAUCCGAAGAACAAAGGCAACCUGAAGGUGCGCGAACAUCCCCUGCUUGGUCCGUACGUCGAGGAUCUAUCGAAACUGGCCGUCACAUCUUACCAGGACAUUCACGAUUUGAUCGAUGAGGGCAACAAAGCACGUACCGUGGCGGCGACUAACAUGAACGAAACGAGCUCGAGAUCGCACGCUGUGUUUACGAUUUUCUUCACCCAAAAGCGCCAGGACCGCAUGACUAGCCUCGAGACGGAAAAGGUGUCGAAAAUUAGCCUGGUCGAUUUGGCUGGCUCCGAGCGAGCCGACUCGACGGGCGCCAAGGGUACCCGGCUCAAGGAGGGCGCCAACAUCAACAAGAGUCUCACCACCCUGGGCAAGGUUAUCUCAGCUCUGGCCGAAAUUGCGUCAAAGAACAAAAAAUCAAAGAAAGCAGACUUUAUUCCUUAUCGUGACUCGGUCCUGACAUGGCUGCUGAGAGAAAAUCUUGGAGGCAAUUCCAAAACGGCCAUGAUUGCCGCGAUAUCGCCGGCCGAUAUCAAUUACGAUGAAACAUUGAGCACAUUGAGAUACGCUGAUCGUGCGAAACAGAUCGUCUGCAAGGCCGUCGUCAACGAGGACGCCAACGCGAAGCUUAUUCGCGAACUCAAAGAAGAAAUACAAAAGCUGCGCGAGCUGCUCAAGGCAGAAGGCAUCGAGGUGCAGGAAGGACCGGACGGUAAAGUGGUUUGUGAAAAGCGAGAUGCUAAUAAGGACGAAUGUCUCAUCAAGUCCGACAAGACCGAGUCGAGCGGUGGUGUGGUCAUCACCGAAGAGGGCGAAGAUGGUGAGAAAAAGAUCCACUCGCCGAACCGGAACCGAAAGCGCACCGGUUCCAGUACAGAGAUGGCUGUUGAUCAGCUGCAGGCGAGCGAAAAGUUGAUCGCUGAGCUGAACGAAACCUGGGAGGAGAAGCUUAAGCGUACGGAACAGAUCCGUGUGCAGCGAGAGGCCGUCUUUGCCGAGAUGGGAGUAGCGGUAAAGGAAGACGGUAUCACGGUGGGUGUGUUCUCGCCGAAAAAAUCGCCCCACUUGGUGAACCUCAACGAGGAUCCAACUUUGUCCGAGUGUUUGCUGUACUACAUUAAGGACGGACUCACACGUCUCGGCACAUCGGAAGCGAAUGUACCGCAGGAUAUCCAGCUGUCCGGUUCGCAUAUCCUGAAGGAGCAUUGCGUUUUCGAGAACAAAGAUGGAGUGGUUACAUUAGUACCCCACAAGGAUGCGCUGGUGUACGUCAACGGCCGCAAGGUCAUCGAUCCGGAGGUGCUGCAAACUGGUUCACGUGUCAUCCUCGGACGGAACCACGUGUUCCGGUUCACUCAUCCGGAACAGGCGCGAGAGAAGCGCGAGAAAAAUAAGGAAGUCGAUGUAUGCGAAACGCCCGGAAACAGUGGCGAGAUCGCCGAUUGGAACUUUGCCCAGUGCGAGUUGCUGGAGAAACAGGGUAUCGAUCUGAAGGCGGAGAUGGAAAAGCGUUUGCUGGCGCUGGAAGAGCAGUAUAAGCGCGAGAAACGCGCGGCUGAUCAGGAAUUCGAGGAGCAGCGUAAGACCUACGAGGCCAGAAUCGAUGCUUUGCAGAAGCAAGUCGAGGAACAAUCGAUGACCAUGUCGAUGUACAGCAGCUAUAGCCCCGAAGAUUUCCAUCAGGAAGAGGAUAUCUUUGUCAACCCACUGUUUGAAUCCUGCUGGACAGCACGCGAAGCCGGUUUAGCAGCAUGGGCGUUCCGCAAGUGGCGCUACCACCAGUUCACGUCGCUUCGUGAUGACUUGUGGGGCAAUGCUAUCUUCCUCAAGGAAGCGAACGCAAUUUCGGUUGAAUUGAAGAAAAAGGUUCAAUUUCAAUUUACUCUUCUCACGGACACUCUGUAUUCGCCGUUGCCACCGGAGUUGACACCGUCACCUGCGGUGGGUGCCCUUACAAACGGUGGCCAGGAAGAUGAUUUUGGUCAAUCGCCAAUACCACGAACCACCGUGGCGGUUGAGGUGACCGAUACGAAGAACGGAGCUACCCAUUACUGGAGCUUGGAGAAAUUGCGGUAUCGGUUGGAGCUGAUGCGACAGAUCUAUAACACCACCGACACAUCCCCGGAACUGAUGAGCUUCGUGCUCGAGCUGUCCAGUGGUGAGCACACCCCGGAAUAUACCGGCACCCAGUACCAGCCGUUUGCCCGUCCACCCGUGUCGGUUGGCAAGCAGCAGGAUCAGCAUACGAGUGACCAGGCUGCACUGACGCCCGGCUGCGAUGGCAACAGUUGCCUGGUAUCGCCAACUGCUUCGGUUUCGUCCUCCUCGUCAUCCGCUUCCUGUGGCGCUUCAUCAUCACCUUCGCCACCAUCGGUUAUCUACGAUGGUGCUUCUGCCGGGUCCGGUGGCACCGUCGGUUCAGGGAAAGCAGGCGCAAGGCUAACCCUGGCGAAUCUGAUGCCUUCUAGGCAACGUCUUGAGCUGAUGCGUGAAAUGUACCACAAUGAGGCUGAGCUGAGCCCAACAUCUCCUGACUAUAACGUGGAAAGUUUGACUGGUGGUGAUCCGUUCUAUGAUCGUUUCCCGUGGUUCCGAAUGGUCGGCAGAUCGUUUGUAUACUUGAGCAACUUGUUGUAUCCGGUUCCGUUGGUGCACAAGGUGGCGAUCGUAAACGAGCGCGGAGACGUUCGCGGAUAUCUUCGUGUCGCCGUGCAACCAGUAAUGGAUGAGGAAAAUGCCGACUUCAGCAACGGAGUCAAACAGUCUGCUCGCAUUCUUUUUGACGAGGAACAGAAUGGACAGCAUAAGGUGCCGAAAAUACGCACCAUUCCGGAUAAGGACGAAAAGUACAUUGAGGGUGGCAACGAGCUGGGUACGAAGCUAGAGGAAUUGGAGCAGGAAGAUGCGGAUUCGGGUCGUGGUGACUCUAGUGUUGCCUCGGAGCUGCACGAAUCAAACGAUCAGGAACCGGGCGAUCAUUUGCAACCGGGCAAGGAGUUCACCUUCCGUGUCACCGUGUUGCAGGCCACAGGAAUUGCGGCUGAAUACGCCGACAUAUUCUGUCAGUUUAACUUUUUGCAUCGACAUGAGGAGGCAUUCUCAACGGAACCGGUAAAGAACUCUGGAUCAGGAGCUCCGCUUGGAUUCUAUCACGUACAAAAUAUCACAGUUCCGGUCACGAAAUCCUUCAUCGAAUAUCUGAAGACGCAACCGAUCGUCUUUAAGGUAUUCGGUCACUACCAGCAUCACCCGUUGCAUAAGGACGCCAAGCAGGACUGUCAGAUAACGAGGCCCCCGCCACGACGUAUGCUGCCACCGAGCAUUCCGAUCAGCCAACCGGUGCGCAGUCCGAAGUUUGGUCCGCUACCGUGUCCACCAUCUUCGACGGUUCUCGCCAAGCACGAUGUGCUGGUUUGGUUCGAAAUUUGUGAGCUGGCCCCGAACGGCGAGUACGUUCCGGCAGUCGUCGACCACAGCGAUGAUCUCCCAUGCCGUGGGCUGUUCCUGUUGCAUCAGGGCAUCCAGCGGCGUAUUCGCAUAACGAUCGUGCACGAACCAACACCGGAAGUGAAGUGGAAGGACAUUCGCGAGCUGGUCGUGGGACGCAUUCGCAACCAACCAGAACCGGCUGAUGAUGAGGAUUCGGACUCGUGCGUCCUGUCACUCGGAUUGUUCCCUGGCGAGGUGCUGGAGGUUCCCGGGGACGAUCGUUCGUUCUUCCGCUUUGAGGCUGCCUGGGACUCGAGUCUGCACAACUCGGCAUUGCUCAACCGCGUCACACAAACGGGCGAACAGAUCUACAUUACGCUAAGCGCUUAUCUCGAGCUUGAAAACUGCGCUCGCCCGGCGAUCAUCACCAAGGAUCUUAGCAUGAUCAUAUACGGCCGUGACGCACGCACUGGACCGCGCUCGCUUAAGCAUCUGUUCUCUGGCCAAUAUCGCAACCCGGAAGCGAACCGUCUGUCGGGUGUUUAUGAACUUUCGCUGAGAAGAGCUUCUGAAGCAGGUAGUCCAGGCGUUCAACGUCGUCAGCGCCGUGUGUUGGACACCAGCUCGACGUAUGUCCGUGGAGAAGAGAACUUGCACGGCUGGCGUCCGCGUGGAGACUCUCUAAUCUUCGACCAUCAGUGGGAGCUAGAGAAGCUCACGCGAUUGGAAGAAGUCGGCCGGGUUAGACAUUUGUUGCUGCUGCGUGAACGGCUCGGAAUGGACACGACGCCAAACCCGACCACCAAGACCGAAAAGGACGUGUGCAACUUGGCCCAGCGGGCUAGUGCAUCACCGGUGCACAUGGUCAUCCCGCCGUCUCCGCAAACACCCGUCAAGGAUCAGCAGACCCCGACCCUGCCGGAGCGUGAUUUGUCGGUACGCGAAACGGAGCUGGUCUGGAAAUGUGUAAAGCUGAUUCAAGGACGCAUCGGGUGCAAGGAGCUUGGCAGCGAUGGCAACGGUUCCGGAACGUCGGCUACCGAUGCCUCCCCGGGUGAUGAGGGAUGUGCUGACAUGAAUGCGAGCUACAUCUCCAGCAACUCGAUCGAGCUGUGCUCGCCGGAGCGGGUUGAUGUACCGAAUGGCUGGGAGGCACCGGCACCAGCUCCACAAACACAGGAGCUUUCGCUGCGGCUGUACGUGCCGGAACUGGAGGAGAUCCGUGUCAGCCCGGUGGUGGCCCGCAAGGGUUACCUGAACGUCCUUGAGCACGGUGGUUCUGGCUGGAAGAAACGGUGGGUCACCGUGCGGCGACCGUACGUUUUCAUCUUCCGCUCCGACAAGGAUCCGGUCGAACGGGCCGUCUUGAAUCUGGCCACAGCGCAGGUGGAGUGCAGCGAGGACCAGGCGGCGAUGGUGAAGGUCCCUAAUACGUUCAGCGUCGUCACCAAGCAUCGAGGAUAUCUGUUGCAAACGCUCGGCGACAAGGAGGUGCAUGAUUGGUUGUACGCCAUCAAUCCACUGUUAGCUGGCCAGAUCAGAUCUCGAUUGGCCAGAAAAAAUAUCUCCAGCGUGAGCAGCAACGGCAGUGGAGCCGGUGAGCAGCAACAAGCGACGACAGGAGCGUCCGCUUUGACCGUGGCCGCCUCACAAGGCAACGGCGGAAGCAGUAGCUCCGGUGGCAAAUGA